ACGCAACCGUCUCGACGCGAAUGCCCAUCACUAUCAGCCAGACCUCCACGUGAUCCGGUCGAUGGUUCGUGAUGUCAUUCAGUGGUACUUAGCCAGUGCAGUGUACCAGUGCCACAGACCCAACAGAGACUCGCGCCCGCGGUCCAUGCGUACCAUGUAAAGCGCGAUCAUGAGCUCGUACCAGUUCGUCAACUCCCUGGCCCAGUGCUACGGCCAGCAGCGCCCCGCGGAGCAGGCCGCCGCCCCCGGCUCCGACUACUACAACCCGAACGCCGCCGCCACGUCCUCGUACCCGCCGGCGUGCUACUCGCCGCCGCAGGUGGCCCCCCAGUACCCGCAGCACCCGUACGCCGCCCCCGCUCCUGGCCACGGCCUCCAGCCCGCCAUGGGCGACUACACCCAGCUGCAGCCGCAGCGCCUCGCCGCCAACCACCUGCACCACGCGAGCCCGGGGGCGCAGAGCCCCGGCAUGCUCAACCCCUCGGCCAGCUGCAAGUACGCGGAUUCCACCGCCUCCACGGGGGUGGCGUCGCCCCAGGACCUCAGCACCAGCGCGCCCGCGAGGUCCACGCCCCCGCUGCCCAGCAGCCAGAGCGGCGCGGCCACCUCAAAGACGUCGCCGCUUUCCGUCAGCACGUCGCCGCCGGGGAAGCCCGCCGCCGCCUCAACCGCCUCGCAGAACUUGUCCUCGCCGGCCUCGAGCACCAGCUCCACGUCGAGCAACGAGAAGGCCGGCGCCAACAACAACAACGCGAAGAGCGGACAGACGAGCAACCCACCGCAGAUCUACCCCUGGAUGAAGAGGGUUCAUCUCGGACAGAGUACUGUGAACGCAAACGGCGAAACGAAAAGACAAAGAACGUCGUACACACGUUAUCAAACUUUAGAAUUAGAAAAAGAAUUCCACUUCAAUCGGUACCUGACGAGGAGAAGACGAAUAGAGAUAGCACAUGCCUUAUGUCUGACCGAACGUCAAAUCAAAAUUUGGUUCCAAAAUCGACGGAUGAAGUGGAAAAAAGAACAUAAGAUGGCCAAUUUCCACCUGGCGUCCCUCCAGGACGAAGGCUACGCAUUCCACCAAGCCAUGGGGAUGGGAGGCAUGGGCCCUAUGCAGCGCGGUCUAUAUGCUUGCGGCAGCCCCUACAGCUAGCCCUGGGCCUCCUACAACGGAGACUGCGGCCCUUCGUAGGGCCACAUCGGAUCUAAGGGCGGUCUCCGGCCCGCGACACUACGGCGGAUCGCGAUUUCAGACCGAAACGUCGGCACGUGUCGGGGUUCACACUUAUUCCUUGUGCCAAUAGACGUUCAGAUGCGGUAUUGGUGGUGUCACUACUUAAGUAUAGUUCGUUCGUUUGGGGGUACACGUAGUAUAGGUCGUUUUGGGAGAUGUACCUCGCAGAUGAGGGACGAAAAGGGGCGUGUCACGAAUUUUCGAAAAAUCGUGUGAGGGAUUGAGAUUCUGUUGAAAUUUGGCUGGUGCAAGGUGUAUGCUAAGAUAAUAAAGUUUAAAGUUGUGUUUAUAACAACUAUUUCAAAAGAAUUGUGACAAGUUACACUUAGGCGGCAGAAUAUUGACAGUUACUGAUAAUAAAACAAACUCUAAAAAACUAUAUAUUGUAUGCUGGAUAAUACCAUAUUUUGUUUUAAAGCAACAAUAAUUGUUACAAUUUUUUCGAUGUUUUAUACAUGGCUCUGAAAAGAUUACUGCUAAUGUUUUGUUAAAAAAUAACGAAUUCUUAAUGAAAUAACUCUUUAACGAUUGUGCACUUGACUUUUUUUGCCAAUGGAACUUAAUUUGUAGGUACUAUUUUUUUUAAUUUAUUGAAAGUGUCGAAAUUAUAGGAAGUUUGCAACAAAAAACAAUACAGCAGAAUAAAUAAAAUGCUUUACUUUUUUUCUGUUCGAAUUUAUCUUUAUCUUUCCCGCAAUGUGUAUACACUUAAAUUUGUUACUUAAAA